AUGGUCAGACUGGGAAUUCUUCUUCUGAAGUUUUUAGAAGCAGCAGAUGAGGAAGUUAGCUUUGAUAGUGUCUGUGAAAGGAGCUACGCGAUUUGCAGUCUUCAUGGUUUAGACAUCCGGCCGAAAUCGUAUGAAACAGACGUCGAAAAAGUCCCCCUGGCCGAUGCUCUAAAAUCCCUUCGCGGAAGUCAUUUGGAAAAGACCGUUGGAAGCAUCGGAUUACUCUGGGACUCGCACGAAAUUCAACGACCUGCUUUGAACUGCGCCAAAUGCCCGUUUCACAAUUCUGGUCGGCUUUCAAGAGGAGUGAGGGAAGAAUGUGACAAAUGCUUUGAAUGUCUUUCUUUUCAUUUGGAAAAAGUCGGCAAUCGCAUGGAGGACUGCUGCAGACGCAAGACUCUUCCAUCAGCCGUGUGCGACGAAAUCGAAGACAUUGAGGAGGACAGCACGGUCAAAUUUACCUCGGAAUUUGUCACGAAAAACAGAUACAAUGAUCUAGCCAACGACUUUUUGGAUGAUGCAGACCUCUUUUCCUUUGAUAUGUUUGCCCUGAACGAGUUCAGUUCGGGGCUCCUCCAUCGCGAAAAUGCCCAUCUUCCAAAAACGACUUUUCAUCACCAUUGUCUGCCUGAAGCUGACUGCAUGGUGGAAUGCGAAGCCAUGGGCGCUGGAAAAGGCUUUUGGUACCGACAAGAAAACUCAUCUGACGAAGGAUGCUGCGAAUGCUUGGAUCCCGAAAUAAAACGACUCGCAAAUUAUCAAGACUUCAAAAAGCCCCUUUGCAAAUACUGCCCUGUUGAAUAA